CUCGCCCAAGAUGUCCCCAGACUUACCGGAUCGCAGGGUUUUCUUGGUGCCAAUGCCACCGCUGUUCUUGCUUGAAACUCGAGGCGUUUAGCAAGCCGGCAUGCUUCGGACAAUGACGCACCUUCCUAAGCAGAUCGCAAAGCAAAAACGGUCAAGAAUGCUCAGCCUCCAUGACUGACGUUGCCGCUUUUGCUUCAGUUCUACUUGCCCUCUGUCUGCUGCCAGUUUUUUAGUUUCGCAUCGUCAGACCGUCUCGCCAUUUCUCCUACAAGGAAUAAGGGAAGAGACGGCACCCGGAAACAUUUUACAAGGUCAAUUUGUACCUGCGCAUCGCUUCGUCGCGAUAGUUCCCGUACCCUGCCACCUCCUCGCCCCCCGCGUUUUCAACGGUUCAAUAUGGGAGGACUUAAAAGCCUACUGGCCCUUCUAUUUAUUGUUCAGGCCUCCAGUGGUCAGAGCUCCGCGACGAGCACUGCAGCGUGCGCGAGCACGAUUGCUCCGAAGAACGCGUUGCCGUCUGUUGCAACCGGUUGGAACGUCCAGGUGGUUGCAUCGGGGCUCAAGGAUCCUCGCGGCAUCAUUUUCGAUUCCAGUGGCCAUCUGCUGGUGGUGCAGCAGGGCUACGGUAUCUCAAGCUUGAGACUGACAAAUGAUUCUGGGGCAUGUGUGAGAGCCGAUGGCAAGGCGGAAGAUAUCAUUGUGGCUUCUGGGUUGAACCAUGGAAUCGAACUUUCGGCUGAUGGGAAGACGCUGUAUGCGUCGUCCUCGCAAGCUGUCUACUCUUGGGAUUAUGAUGCCGCUGAAGCCCGAAACACUUCUGGUCCAAGAGAACUCAUCGGCCAGAUGGGUGCCGCAGAUGGCCAUGUAACGAGGACUUUGUUGUUGUCCCGACGGGUUGAGGGUAUGCUUUUGGUUAGCAGAGGAAGCAUGUCGAAUUUGGAUCCAGCAGCCCAGGAUAUCACGACUGGAGUCUCGACAAUCAAAGCGUUCAACGUAUCCAAUCUUACUGACUCAUCCUACAACUACGCCCAAGAUGGGCUACUGCUUGGUUGGGGCCUACGAAACUCCGUAGGCAUGGCAGAAGAGCCAAUCACGGGAGCCAUCUAUUCGGUGGAAAACAGCGUAGACAAUUUCGAAAGAGAAGGGCAGAACAUUCACCAGAACAAUCCUGGGGAAGAAAUGAAUUUCCAUGGAUAUCUAAAUGGCACUCGAGUUGAAGAGCAGGGGCAGAAUUAUGGAUAUCCGUCUUGCUAUGCGGCUUGGGAUGUGGGCUCGAUCCCGCAGAAUCAGGGGAUUCAGGUUGGAACGCAGUUUGCGAUCGGGGACCAGAAUGCUACGAUUAAUGAUACAUUUUGUCGGGAUGACCGGAUCGCGCCAAGGUUGACGUUUGCUGCGCACAUGGCGCCUUUGGACAUGAAGUUCAACGCUGAUGGAACCGCAGCGUGGGUGACAUUUCACGGCUCAUGGAAUCGAGACGAGCCUAUCGGCUACAAAUUGUCUGUCAUAGAGUUUGAAAAUGGCUCACCUACAGACGCAGCAAACAGCAGUACGGCUGCAAUCGACGUGGUAUCGAAUCCCGAUGUCACGAAGUGUCCUGAUGAUUGCUUCAGACCGGUUGGCCUGGCGUGGGAUAGUCAAGGCAGACUGUUCAUGAGCAGCGACACGACGGGCGAAAUUUAUGUCGUGGUUCCGGUAAAUGGCUCAGCAAACGAAGCAUCUCCUAGUAGUGGGCUGCCACCCUCAGCUACUGGAGCAGUGCCAUCUUCGUCAAGUUCAGGGAGUGCUGUGCACGAUUUUGGUAAGGCUGGCCCAUGGGCUGCACUUUUCGUGGGCAUGUUGGCGUUGCCGUUGGUAUAACGCGGUUCGACCAGGAGAAAAGGUUACCAUGGAGCUGAGGUAUCUAAUUGGCAAUGCAUUCAUUUGUUACGUGUAGUGGGGCUACUCUUAGCGAUGUGUUGAGAAGCCGCAUAUGGUUGAAGGUUGGUUGUUCUUUCCGUUCCCACAACGAGGCCGAUGUCAAGUUGCCAACCACAUCACCACACGCAAUCCAAGAAUUUCGAC